GAACCAAGAGGAAGAGCGACCGCUCCGACAGCCGGGACCCGAAGAGGCUCCGCCCCUCUGCAGGCCACGCCCCCUCACGCUCCUCCAAUAAGAGGGCUUCAGGCCUGCCCCCCUCCUCCAUUAAGAAGACUGCCUCAAGCCCCAGAGCCCGCCCCCCCGCCUCCUACCGCCACGAGUACUAUGACGAGAAGAAGAGUCGACGAGGAGCCCGCGAGCCAAUCAGGAGCCGGGGGGAGGAGCCCCGCAGGAGGGAAACCCCGAGGAUUCUGGAGGGGCUCAGCCAGAAGCUGAGGAGAGCAAGCCCCGCCCCCCCGCAGGACGCCCGAUCGGAGGGCGAGGCGGUGCCAGAGUUUGGGUCGGAGGCGGGAUCAGGAAGCUCCUCCCCCUCUGGUUCCCACGCUGAAGAGGAGGAAGAGGAGGAGCAGGAGGAGGAAGAAGAGGAGGAGGAGGAAGAGGAGGGCAUGGAGGAAGAGGAGGAGGAAGAGGAGGAGGAAGGAGAGAAGGAGGAAGACGAGGAGGAGGAAGAGUACGAGCGUCGAGGAGAAGGAAACGACUACGACACUCGCAGCGAGGCGGGAGACUCUCGUUCCUCCGGAAGCUUCUCUGACGACGGGGAGUCGGUGCACUCAGGCUCCGCCUCCGAGGCCUCAGGUUCGGAGAAGAAGCAGGAGAAACUGUCGUCUUCGGUUCGAGCCGUCCGCAAAGGGAUGGAGACUCCGACCAGCAAGCUGCGCUACAUCCUGAGAGACGCUCGCUUCUUCCUCAUCAAGAGCAACAACCACGAGAACGUCUCGCUGGCUAAAGCUAAG